AUUGGUGAAACAAAUUCAGGGCGGGAUUUCUGGAAGGGCAACCCGGAAAUGCUGGAAAUACUUUUUCAACGUGUCGAUUUUAGUCCGUGAGCUUAAAAUGGCUGGGUCCGGAACCAUGAGCGAGAGCUCAACGCAUCGGGUCCUGAGAAUCAGCCAGCUGGACGCUUUCGAGCUGGACGACGCCCUGGAGCAGCUCGUCUGGUCCCAGUUCGCUCGCUGCUUCCAGCAUUUUAAACCAGGCCUCCUGACUCGCGUGGAGCCGGAGCUCAAAGCUCUGCUGCAGCUCCUCGUGUGGAGGUUCACCGUGUAUUCUGGCAGUGCUACCGUGGGCCAGACACUUCUCAACAUCCGCUACCACAACACGCUGAUCGCUGGACAGAAAUACAGGUCUCUGAGCAGGAAGCAGAAACUGUGGUUCGCUUUGCUGACGGUGGGCGAGAAGUGGUUAAAGGAACGUUCUCACAGCUUGUUAAUCAGACACAGAACGCACCUAGGGUUAGCACGACAAGCUUUAACGUUGGUUAGCAGUGUGGGGAAAGUGGCUAGCCUGCUCAACUUUAUGCUCUUUCUUCAAAGCGGGACAUUUCCCACUUUGACAGAGAGGCUGCUGGGAGUGCGGCCGGUGUUUGUCCGCGAUCAGAGCGCACGUGAAAUCAACUUCCACUACAUGAACCGGGAGCUGCUGUGGCACGGUUUCGCCGAGUUCCUCAUCUUUCUGCUACCGCUGAUCAACGUGUGGAAGUUGAAGACUCGUGUGUCUGCGCUGUUCUCCGUUUCCGAUCACCUGAAAUCCGAGCUUGCGGGGCGCUCCGAGUGCGGGAUAUGCGCCGAAUGGCCCGUCAUGCCUCACUCGAUCGGGUGCAGCCACGUCUUCUGUUACUACUGCGUCAAAAGCCACGUGACCGCCGACGUCUUCUUUACGUGUCCCAAAUGCGGCGCCGAAGUCACCGCCGUACGGCCCGUCGACUUUCAAAUAGAAAUGGCGGAAACGCAACAGACGUGAUAUGCCCCACCCAACACCCCCCCACCGGCACCCGCCCCACCCCCGACAGCACGUCGUCGACGGCAACCGUAAUGUGAACUUCUGUCGGAAUCCCGAGAGAGCAGCUGAUGAAAGACUUCAGCUUGUGCCUUUUUGUUGGCAUGAAAUAUGCAAGAAAAGGCAGACGAGAGACGAACUCGAUGAUGCUUAGUUUCAAAUUAAACCGAUUUUUGUCGCUAAUUUAUUCCUGCUCAUUAAAGUUUGAUGGGGACUCGAGUAUCAGAGGUCCACUUUUCCUCUCCCGCGUUCACAGACGCCGCAAAUGAAUAAACAUCAAAACAGCUUGAGCGCCUUCACGUUCACAUCCCCAGUGAAGUGUGAAAUUUGCACAAGAUCAAGGAGAGGCCAUGAUGGGAUGGGAUGCAGUGUGUGUAUGUGUGUGUGUGUUUGUGUGUGUGGGUGUGUGUUUGUGUGUGUGGGUGUGUGUAUGUGUGUUUGUGUGUGUGUGUUUGUGUGUGGGUGUGUGUAUGUGUGUUUGUGUGUGUGUGUGUACAGAUUGACAGACACUUCAGUCUAAUCUCCUUGGCUUUUUUAACACAGCAGUAAACUGUAACCAACACUAGUAGGUGUGUGUGAGAUUUUCUUUAUCCAUAUUCUACACUAAUCUUAAUAAUAACAGCAAAGACGGUUAUUUAUUCUGGCGUUAACCUUCUCCAAUGAGCCGAGCCUCCAGCAAAAUGCACCCAAGUGGGCUCGGGCCUGCUGGAAACUCCCACCUUGUUUUGAUCGCUUGGCCUUAAUUGCUGAUUUCGGAGGCAAUCAAUCACGACUCCAGGCGCGACUGAGCCCGUGGUCUGUUUUGUGCAUCUUUUGAAAUUAUUCUCCUGAAGUUUCUCGAACAAAAAGAGCGUCGAAGUCUCGGCUUUGAGCUUGUUAUGCUAAUGCGCUGUUGCCAAACAUCGCGUUUCGUCCCUUGUUUUUGUUCGGGAUUAAAGGACGUCCGUGGAAGCGUCUCCUGCGCGUCGUUAUCGUGAGCGUUCGCAAACAUUCCUGGGGAUAUAAAAUUUCAAAUCUGCUCUUACAGGAGGUUUGUCACAGCCGUGAACGCCGCCGUGUUUUAAUGCAUACAAAAAGGUUCGACUGCAACAACACGCUCGCUGCUGCGUGCAUUACGUUAAUGCGCAUUUAUGCAGCCUGACCGUGAAAGGAUUACUGUAAUUCAACACUCAUAAAGAUGAAUCACAAAUGUCUUUGACAUUUCGCUUUCUUUCCAGCGCAGGAUGUACACACGCCGCUCCACUGUUUUUUGUUUUUUUACCUCCUGUAUACUUGUAUAAUACCUGAUUACACAAUGAUAGCUCUUUUUAAGUUGGGUAAGUGUGUGUUGUGUGGGUGACGAUACCGCAGGUGAGACUGGAGAAGCGGUGAGUAACACAUGGGGGUGUUGAGCUCUGUGCUGCUGAGGAGGAAUUUGUGCGCUUUGUUGGACUGAAAGAUCGCCGCAGAAUCGCAGUGAAUCUGAUAAAAACUUCUCAAAGUGAUGUUCAGAGUUAAAGCUUUAAAGUGUUUUAGCUUUAAAUAGAAGCUCAUUUCAAUAAAUAUUUAUUUAUUUUAUUAAUUAAAUUAGCCUUAUAGUCUUGCUUUAACAAAUAUAAAAAAUGUUUUGGUAAAUGUUUACUAAUUGUGUCUAAUUUUAUUUUCUUUAUUAAAUGAAAUCUGUCCCGAGGUGAAAGUUUUUAGUUUUAUGACAUUUUAAACGCUACACUAAACUCCACACUAAACUCCACACUAAACUCCACACUAA